AUGUACUCUCCACCACAGCAAACACUCCUCAAAGUGGAUGGUUCUAAUGAAGCAGCCACGAAUAUGUCUGAAGGCACAGUUACCAGCCAGCUCAGAGGCACUAGCCGAACAUAUUUCUAUUUCACCACAGCCACCCUAUCCUUGUGCCUCGUCAUUGCUGUGUCAACCAUAAUGGUCUUAGUAGUUCAGAGGACGGAAUCCAUUCCAGAGUCACCUGACAAGUUUCCCCUCACCCUCACAGGAGGAAAUUGUUCAGAGGACCACUUAAAGAUUCUAAAAAAGGCUCCAUUUAAUGACUCAUCAGCAUACCUAGAAGUAUCCAAGCAAAUAAACAGCUCUAAACUCACCUGGAAUCAGGAUAGUGGCCACCUCAAUGGAAUAGAAUAUAACAAUGGGAAUCUGGUGAUUCAGUCCCCUGGUUUAUAUUUCAUCUACUGCCAUCUACACUUUUAUGUGCCCGAGUGCCCCAAGGAUCCCUUUGACCUAAAGGUGGAGCUUCUCAUUAAUGAUGAAGUCAAGAAACAAACACUGGUUACUCUGUGUGAAUCAAAUCUACGAACUAAGGGUAUCUUCCAAGACCUCUUCCAAUUCCUUCUGGGAGACUUAAAGGCCAACAACACUGUAUCCAUCCAGGUUAAUAAGUUCCAGUAUGUGAAUACAAAUGAUCUCCCCCGUGACAACGUGUUUGGAACCUUCAAAUACAGUUCAGACUGAGAGAUCCCAUUUAACCUGCCAAGAGAUGCCAUCACUCCUAGGAGGCAUCGUCUAAACUGAUGUACCUUUCUAUUGAAUCAGGGAGCAAAAAUAGCAUUUUUUUCAGCCAGAGACCAUAAUACCAAGAUUGAAAUCCAAAACACUGUAGAGCAUAUAUACCAAGUUACCAAAUUAAUCAGGGGACCAGUUGGGGUGCUGAGAUGACCCAAUGGACAUGGUGGAAUUCUCUCAGAAAGGAAGAAAGAAGGAAUCCAGUCAUGCAGGAAUGACUCUCCCCAGAUGUUGGCGCUGGAAGCAGACAGAAAUCAAGACUCACCAAAAUACAUCAAGCAAAUACAUGUAGUAGGUGGGGCAAGGCCUCACAUCAAGAUACUUUCAAGUGGAUUGUGGGCUAGCUCCUGAACACUUCCCCGGCUUAGGACAACCAGCAGCCCCUCACCAGGUCUGAAAAUGAGGGUAAAAGUUCUCAGGUUCACUCUCUAAACCAUAAAGGGAAAAAAAAAGUGGCCCAGCAUGUAAAAUGCAUUUCCCAACCUAUAGUUGUCUAACCUCGAAGAAUUAAGAUUAAUACUGCCCAUAUCAGAUCGUCUUAUUGUAUUUAAGAUAUUCUUGUGGGGAAAUAUAUUUAAAGUGAGAAACAAAGGCAAGGCUACCUGAAUGUAUGGGAAAGCCCUAUAUUUAUUCCUACUAGGACUGACACUGAAUCAAAUAUUUACCUAGGCAAGCAUUUAUCUGUUCUCUGCCACAAAGUAUCCAAAGCCUCUUGCAUAGGGUUUGUAUCUCAGUGGGUACUCAAUAAAUAUUAAACAAUGAGGAGGAAGGAGGAGAAUGAUGGUGGUGGAGAUAAUGAUGAUGGAGAAAAGGAGAGGGAGCAGGAGCUGGAGGAAGAAAAGAAAAAAUUAGUACAGUUCUAUAGUAGAGUGAAAUGCAGUCAUAGAGAUUGGGGAGUGAAGUCAAGUCACUUAGUCACUUGUCCAAGUGAAAGCCUCUUGACACCUCCACGUCUUACUACUUCCAGGGUUUGUGGCUACAGAGGUGAGGAAAUGCCAUGGUCUUGUGGUCACCACCCUCUACCCAGCAACUCUCUCAUGCCCUUCUGAGACUCCUCCUGGCAUCUGCUUUGUAGCACAUGACCAGAUGGGUUGGUUUUGCCUGCAUGGUGGCUGGGCAUUGAACAUAAUCCCCAGAGCAAUGAAAGUUGUUCCUAAACCAUAACACCAUUACAUUUUCCUCAUUGAGCAUAGGCCAAGAAGAGUUGAAUUAUGGAAUGAAUUUAUGUAGAGCCCCUUAAAUGUCUAACUGCAGCUCAGUGAUUAGAAAGCUUCAAUUGACAAAACUCACAAGAAGUCAAAGGGCUCUGAAAAAGGCUAGAGAAAACCUCUGGAUCCGAAACUCUUCCCUCCACUCACAAUGCAUGACAAACUGAUGCUGACUUCAAUAAGAAAAAAGGAUCAGUUUGCUUUUUCAACAUCAGUACCUAAUGGAACCAGGGACCAUUGUGGACUGGGAGUCAGUCAUUUAUUUCCCUUCCUUGAGUUUAAUUAUCAUGGAAACCAAGCUUGACCUCAUAGAGCUACCUCUGUAAACAUGUGCUGUUUGAGGAACAAUAAGUACUAUUGAUUAAGUUCUUCCCAAGCAUUUCUGGAAGAACACUAAGUCAAAGUCCACCCAGAGUAAGACAAAAGUCACAUUGUGAACAAACUUCCCAAAUGGAUUGGCUAAAACUUGUCUGGCUUGAAAAUUUGGCUUUCAACUUCAUCUGGUUAAUAGGAUUCCCCAAGAAACAUGUUAACAAAGCCCCCAGUAUAUGUUCUCUCAGGCUGGCCUGCCACAAGAAGUGAUCUCCAGCCUCAUCUGAUCUUCACCAAGUAUUCUCACAGUACAUAUGUAUCUCCACCACUGAUUUGCACUACUUUCCAACAGCUGAUAAAGUGAUGAG